AAGUCGGUGACAGCGCCCCGUAGGUGCAAGCAGCACAACGGCCAGGCGGUUAAUCCGUAAUUGAUGUUUGGAUUCAUUGCGAGAUCUAUUGUUACAAAAAGCCUGUACUAGUAUAUAUUGUGAAUAUCUUUCAAUCAUGCAAACGUCAGCGACAGUUACUCAAAAUGCCAUCACCCUCAAAGGUUCUGCGCAGAUAGUCGCAGAGUUUUUUAAUUAUGGAAUCAACAGCAUACUAUACCAGCGGGGAGUCUAUCCGCCAGAGAUGUUCACUACUGUCCAGAAGUAUGGUCUGACAAUUCUUGUAACAAGUGACAAAUCCUUGCAGAAGUACUUGGAUACAAUUUUGGCUCAACUUACAGACUGGCUCGAGGCCAAGGCCGUUCACCAAGUUGUUUUGGUGAUAUCCAGUGUUGACACUAAGGAAACUUUGGAACGUUGGGAGUUUAGAAUUCAGUCGGAUGAGGCGAUGACAAGCAACAGCAAACCAAAGGAAAAGGAGCUGAGUGACAUCCAGAACGAGAUUAAAAGUGUCAUCCGGCAAAUUGUGGCCAGUGUCACAUACUUGCCAAUUCUGGAGACAGCAUGUGCAUUUGAUCUCCUAAUUUAUGCUGACAAAAAGUCAAGGCUCCCAAACAACUGGGAGGACUCACCACCACUUCUUAUUGAAGGCAAUGAGACAGUUCACCUCAAGAGCUUUUCCACUAGUGUCCAUACUGUGGAUACUGCAGUGUGUUACAAGAACACAUUUAAGAUGUAGCUGUUUAUUGCCCCCUCCCUUUCCCCCCAUCCUUCUUUUUUUUUAAAGUUGCAUGUGAAUCGUGACAUUUUUUUGUAAAUUACAUUUUCACUUUUUCUCAUGAGCAUCUGUCUUUUGUAAUUCAUGCCAUAAAUAGCCUGAAUUUUU